CCUUCCUCUGUGUCUGACGUGGCCUUUUUUUUCUGAGGUGGAGGCACACCUGGACAAAUACCUAAAAAUCAGCAUCGGAAUGCAAGCAUCGCUUUCUUCUCUCUUCCCGUUAAAAUCUCCAAAGAUCUGCCAAACUCAGACGAAGAAACUUCAGCAGAUGCUCAGCCCUCGUUGUUUUCUCUGGCUGGAUGUGACCAAUACUAGUUAGACUAUUCAAGACAUUCCCCAUGUUUGAAAGUCCUGGAGCAUCUCAUAGUCCUCAUCUUCGCAAGCUUGGCAACAGAGCUGUUGUCUCGGACCUAGGUGAACUAAACUUUUCGUGAUAGUAACCAACUCACCGUGAUUAGUUUGCAUCUUUACUUUGCUGUAUUUAUGCAAUGUAUAUUUUGAGUCUGUGGCAUUGGAACUGAAUAAAAUAAUGAUUUAAGACUGCUAUUUCAUUCUUCUGAAAAGUGUGAACUCGUUCAAGACUUGUAGAAAGUUGACCACAACUCAUGCAUUUGAGAACAUGCAUCAAUUUAACUGCAUUGUUCUUGAAAAUUAGGAAUGGAAGUUCCACUUUUAAACAAGAAGCAUUGCCAUUGAUGCUUUAAUCAAAUGCACUAGGUCACCCCCAUGAACAGUUCCUAUUGUUAUUUAUCCAUCAUGACAUCCAUCAAAAGUUUUUGCUUCUUUUUUUUCAUUAAUAUAUGUUUUCCUAUUUU